GGGGCCUGGAGCCACUCAUGAUCUUGUGGUCUUAUCCACCAAGUGGCCUCUGCCUUGCCUUCCAAAAUAGCAGAAAAUCCUGGCGCCUCAUGUUUCCUUCUCAACCUGAUAAGAGAAGCACUACAUGUAGCUUGUCACCACCACUUGCAUCUAGCUUCUUGUUUCUCCUCCUUGCAGCUGCUCCAGCCAUGGCGAAGCCGAUAUCAAUAGAGGUGUGGAACCCCAGCGGCAAGUACCGUGUGGUGAGCACCAAGUCCAUGCCCGGCACCCGCUGGAUCAAGCUCCUCACUGACAACGACUGCCGCCUCGAGAUAUGCACGGAGAAGAAGACCAUCCUCUCUGUCGACGACAUACUGGCACUCAUCGGUGAUCACUGCCAUGGUGUCAUCGGCCAGCUAACAGAGGACUGGGGGGAAGUGCUCUUCUCUGCGCUCAAGCGCGCUGGCGGGACAGCCUUCAGCAACAUGGCCGUCGGUUACAACAACGUCGACGUAGAUGCUGCCAACAGGAAUGGCAUCGCCAUCGGCAACACGCCUGGUGUUCUUACUGAGACGACGGCGGAGCUAGCGGCAUCGCUGUCGGUGGCGGCUGCCCGGAGGAUCGUUGAGGCCGACCAAUUCAUGAGGGCUGGCCUCUACGACGGAUGGCUCCCGCACCUGUUUGUUGGGAACUUGCUCAAGGGGCAGACUGUUGGAGUGAUCGGAGCUGGCCGCAUCGGCUCAGCUUAUGCAAGGAUGAUGAUUGAGGGGUUCAAGAUGAACUUGAUCUACUUCGACCUGUACCAGUCCACACGGCUCGAGAAAUUCGUCACCGCGUAUGGCCAGUUCCUGAAAGCCAAUGGUGAGCAGCCCGUGACAUGGAAGAGGGCUUCCAGCAUGGAGGAGGUCCUCAGGGAGGCUGAUGUGAUAAGCCUGCACCCAGUGCUGGACAAGACAACGUACCACCUGAUAAACCCAGAGCGGCUGGCGAUGAUGAAGAAGGAGGCAGUGCUGGUGAACGCGAGCCGUGGCCCGGUGAUCGACGAGGUAGCACUGGUGGAGCACCUGAGGGCGAAUCCCAUGUUCCGUGUUGGCCUCGAUGUUUUUGAGGAUGAGCCUUACAUGAAGCCAGGGCUGGCUGAGAUGAAGAAUGCCGUUGUCGUGCCUCACAUCGCAUCUGCAUCCAAGUGGACGCGUGAAGGGAUGGCGACACUCGCUGCUCUGAACGUGCUUGGUAAGAUAAAGGGGUACCCGGUGUGGGGGAACCCGAACGCGGUGGAGCCCUUCCUCGACGAGAAGGCGGCGCCGCCCCCUGCCUGCCCAAGCAUCGUUAAUGCCAAGCAGCUCGGCCUGCCAUCUUCCAAGCUUUAGGCAGAGGCAGAGAUGGAUGAAUCACUGCUACUACUACUACUACUUGCUAAGAUGCUAUGCAUAUAUAGCUCCUUCCCAGUAUAUAUGUAUGGAUGCUCUCAUCCUCAUGGAGUAGUAGUACUGAAUGAAUGAAUGAAUGAGUAUAUAUAUCAAGCAAGAGAUUUUUGAUCAA